AUGGGUGCAGGAUGCCUCGCGUGGGUGAGGUGCGGCGGGAAGGCAGAGCAGGUGGUGCCGAAGGAGCCGAGCGGCGCGAAGGCGGGCCGCGGGAAGCCGGCGCUGGCGUCAGCGAAGAACGGAGCAGCUGAACAGGAGACGGUGCCUGCAGCGAAGCCGCGGCCGAAGACUGCCCACGUGCACAUGCAGAACUCGAUGAAGUCGCAGGCGUCGGACCAGUCCGCGGCAGUCCACGUGGCGGGCGGCACUGCCCACGUCGUGGAGGACAUCAGAAACAAGUCCAUGGCAGCCGCGCGCUCCACCAGGGAGGGCCGCCAGCGCAAGCCCCUGGUGCCGCAGCACGUAGCAGAGAGGAUGAUGAAGGAGUUCGGCCCGCCGGCGCGGGUCGAGCGCCGGUCGCUCCCGCUCGGCGCGGAGGGCGCUGCGACCCCGCCGCGCCGCGCCACGACCCUCGGGCUUGGAGACAGCAACGGCGGCCUGAGGCCGACGCUGCUCGCGUCGCAGGACCGCACGGGCAGCGUGCGCUCGCGGCUCGGCGCGAAGACGGGGUCGGAGCAGGUGUUGUCGGAGGUGGUCGAGGAGGCCAGCGCCGCCAUACGCAUGCCCGCCGCGUCCGCCGCCGCCGCGCUCCCCGGCGCGGCCGACCCGGACUAG